AUGUCCAGGGCCAAGAGGGUUAUGAAGGAGUUGCAAGGGAUCAAAGACGAUCCCGAAGCCAAAAUCGAUCUGCAGUUGGUGAACGAAAAUGAUAUUCACCUCUUAAAGGGUGCUUUUCUGGGACCGCCUGGAACGCCGUACGAGAACGGCAAGUUCAUUGUAGACAUUGAGGUGCCCAUGGAAUAUCCUUUCAAGCCCCCAAAGAUGAAAUUUGACACCAAAGUGUACCAUCCCAAUGUUUCGUCCGUCACCGGAGCUAUAUGUCUUGACAUUUUGAAAAAUGCGUGGUCGCCCGUUAUAACGUUGAAAUCAGCUCUGAUCUCUUUACAGGCGCUACUGCAAUCCCCAGAGCCUAACGACCCCCAGGACGCUGAGGUAGCCCAACAUUACAUGAGAGACCGGGAAUCUUUCAACAAAACCGCUGCUUUCUGGACUAAGACUUAUGCGCCGCUGAACUCGCAUGCCGAAGACAAACCAGUAGAUCAGGCAGAGCUUUAUGGUAUCGAUAGAGCGCUGGUGAAUCAAUUUGUGUCUCAGGGUUUUGCAGAAGCAAAGGUGGUGGAAGUGCUUAGAAGGCUAGGAAUUAAGUCUAUGAAUGCUAACGAUAACGCAAGUGCCAAUAAGAUUCUAGAGGAGCUCUUGAAAUAG